AUGGAACAAAUAAAUGAAUCAAAAAAUGUGGGAGUAUAUGGCUUCGACUAUGAUUGGCUCCACGCCGUCCAAACCUAUCUCCUUAGCGACUCCGAUUUUCCCCUCGGUUUCGAAGCCAGUGCAUCCCCGCUCAGCGACGACGACGUUUUGCAAAUGGUCGACGAGCUGCUGUGCCACGACAGCUACGUUAUCGCCGCGCCUCCUCCUCCGAGGCCGCCGGCGGUGGAGUGGAAGCGGUACAAAGGCGUGAGGCGGCGGCCGUGGGGGAAGUUCGCGGCGGAGAUAAGGAAUCCGGAGAAGAAGGGGUCGAGGCUGUGGCUGGGGACGUAUGAGACGCCGGAGGAGGCCGCCGUGGCUUACGAUCGAGCCGCCUUCAAGAUGCGCGGCUCGCGGGCCCGGGUCAACUUCCUGCACCUUAUCGGGUCAGGCUGUUAGAAAGACUACGUGAAUGUAGUAGUAACUAUUAUGCUUGGUUAUGACUUAUGAUUCAAUCAUGUAUCAUGUACCAUUUGGUGGUAUUCGGAUUCCUAGAUAAAAUGAUACCAUGAUAUCAUAACUAAUUAUCCAUGAUUAUCCAUCUAGAAUUGAAUCUCAUGAACUACAAAU